GGGAAGAGCCGGAUUGUGAGGGAACGGCGGGAGGGCGGGCUAGCCGGGUUCAGGUGGGCGCCUCUGCCCGUAGCGGCGGUAACGGUACCGUGAGAUGAUGUCGACCAACAACGUCGGUUACAACGAGCAGGCCGGGGAUGCUCAGCCUGAGGUGGGCCAAGAGGCGGCGCCCACCACCGCCUCCACGGCCUUCGGGCUCUUCAGCAGCGACGCCAAGAAAAAUGAAGAUCUCAAGCAGAUGUUGGAAAGCAGCAAAGAUUCUGCUAAGUUGGAGGCUAUGAAAAGGAUUGUUGGAAUGAUUGCCAGAGGGAAAAAUGCAUCGGAAUUGUUUCCUGCAGUAGUGAAGAAUGUAGCAAGUAAAAGUAUUGAGGUAGAGGAUAAAGGGAUCAGUCUUAGAGGAAGAUAA